UGUGUUUCGUGCCCUGGAUUGUAACAGAGAAAGAGAAGCAGCCCUCCUGCGGCCCGUAAAGCCCACCACCAUGGACGUCAAACUGCUGGCGCUCACGGCUCUGCUGGCCGUGGCCACACAUGCACCAACCUCCAACGCAAAGCCCAUCAGUCUGGUUGAGCGGUGCUGGUGUCGUUCCACCCUCAACACGGUUCCUCAGCGCUCCAUCAAGGAGCUCAAGUUUCUCCACACACCCAACUGCCCCUUCCAAGUCAUUGCAAAGCUGAAGAGCAACAGAGAGGUUUGCAUCAACCCGGAGACCAAGUGGCUGCAGCAGUACUUGAAGAACGCCAUUAACAAGGUGAAGAAGUCCCGAAGACGCAACAACAAGAAAAACUAAAACCCAGGAGAAGGCCCGCGUGUCGUCGAGCCUGGUGCUCCCAGGUCGAACCUCUUUACCUCCCUGUCACUGCUAUGGAUGUAUGCAAACACGCUGUAUUGUACCCGUCCACGUACCUGGACCUGCUUGCAGAACCAGCACUUCACCGCCAAAACCCAUGCCGUUCCGAGCGCCACCACCGAUCCCUCUGGGUGUCCGAGCAGCCGCCUCCAACAAUCCACGUUAGCGCCAAGUGCAAUUACACCUUGGAACGACGGGACGCAUGUCGAUGUCAGAUAUGGGUGCUGAGUGACUGUUAUGAGAAAGAGAGAAAGUGAAUGUAUGUGUGUGUUUGAGUGUGGCAUACGUGAGCUAACUCUGACUGUGUGCCUGUAUAUAGUAUUUUUCUUGCUUCACACAGCUAUAAAGGAACAAUUUUAGCUUUCUGUCUCAUGCAAGGCUUUGUGCAAAAACCAUGUGGUGUCAGAUAAACUUUAAAUACAAGCUGCUUCCUUGGAGUAAGUACAGUUGGGACUUAGUUGCCAGGUUCUGCCCUGAUAUGUCUUUUUGUGGUUUGGUAAGCUGAAGGGUUGUUUAAUCCAAAACCACCGAAGGAAAAAAAUCAUCCAAGUCAAACCCACAAAGCAGAGAACAUUCCCAAAACAGUGGUUAACAAUACCUACAAGUUCUAAUAAUGUUUUCAAAACACUAACAUUUUAGGGAUAUUUCCAAUAAUGUUCCAAUGAGGUUUAAAAUGAUCUCAGACAGAAUGUUUUGACAUUAAGACGAUGUUUGGAGGAUGCUGUCAGAUAUGUUCCAUGAUAGCAACAGAAGAACGUUCUCAAACCAACCAUGAAAAAACCUUUUUUAAGAUGUUAUUAAGGCUUCAGAAGACAGAAUGUUGUUUGUUGUUGAUGUUGCUGUUGAGAAAGUUCUUCCAUAAAAAAAAAAAAACAUUAUUACAUAAGAACAAAGAAAGGGCAUUCUCAAUGCAAACAUUCAGGUGAUGUUUCAAGAACAUUUUUAGUGCACCUUUAGCGAUUUUUUUUUUUUUUUUUAAUGAAACUUUUAGCUGAAAACAUUAUUAGAACUUUGCAGAACUGCCUCAGAACAUUUUUAGGACACAUUUAAUUCUAGCUGGUAAAUGAUCAUGUCCAUGAGACUUCUACUCAUUAUAUUCUAUGAUAUUAUAGUAAUUAUACUAUACUUAAUGUGUAUAACGCAAAUAACUACUUUGGAUGUGGGUUUUCCAGAUAUAAAUGUGAAAGGCUUCUUCCGAUCUGAGGUUGAAGUGGCGUCACUCUAUGAGGUGAACCAUCCACAAGCAGUGACUGAACAGGGCAGACCGCGACACCACGAGUCUGGUGUCGUCUUGGAGCUUGGUGCAGGAACAAAAACUACUAAGAAACAAGCACUGAUCUGAUGGUGCUAUAUAUUCAGUGCAAGGGGCCAGAGCCAUUGACAUAACUGUAUGUUAUUUUAUGCAACAUUUAAGACGAGACGUUGUGACCUCUAUGUCUUAAAUGAAACUCUGUAAUGUUUUUUACCGGUCAAGCAAACGUUUAAAGGGCUGUAGUUGGAAGUCUUAGGUGAAAAACUUAAAGGAAAGCGGGUUGUUAGUAGAUGUGAAGGCUAUAGACUGUCAAAAAAAAAACACUUAUCAAUGCUUUUUUUUAAUUGAUUGAACAUAAACAGAGACCAAAUAUUUAUUCAGUAAAACAUGCAACAAUAAGUAGCAUAUAAACCUCAACAUUCAUGACUUUCUAUUAUAUUUUCUGUUCAGAAACGGAGGCAGUACACCAGUUUACACCUCAUCAAAAGAGUUCAUCAAAAAACAAAAAAACUAUUGCAGUAUUUUCAUGCCAACACCUGUCCUUGGUAGGAAUGAAAAGCUACUAAAUUGUGGGGGAGGGGGGGAAUAAAAAAAAUAAAAAAUAGCGGAAAGAUGAAAAGGGAAUGUUCAAGGUGGCAAAAAGAACGUUUUUGAUUAUCCAUUUUUAUAUAUAUUUGAGCCACUUUAUUAUCAGAUGUGUCUUUUAAGUGUAUUUUUUUUUAUUUUUAUAUUAUGUAUAAUCUUACUAAAUGCUUUUUUAAAAUUGCAAUGUACAGUAGUAGGCAGUGGCUACUGAAUGAAGUGCUAGAAACAGUAUUAAACUUCAUUUUCUUAAGGAUUCAUGCAGUAUUUCUCAUAUCUGUAAUUAUUUGUUUGCAAGUAUGCUAUCCACAGUAUGCAACACAUCUUGUGAGAUUUUUUUUUUUCUACAACGUGGAUAAAAUCCUGAGCAAAUGAUGCAUUGUUCUCCCAGUUUGAGGUUUUCUCCUUUUCAGAAGGAGUCAGAUGUAGAAAAUCUGUAAAAGUCCAACAUGUAGAGACGGAAAACAAAAGCCGCUAUCAUUGUGUUACAUGAGUUGGGAAACUAUUCAGCCCACCAGUUCUCCCCGUUAAACAUUUGAUUGAAUUUUUUUAUACUCAGGUUGAUGUAUGAUGUGUCAACGGAGCCACUGAGCCAAAACAGAACGAAACCUUUCAGUCGAGAGCCGAGCGACCAGCAUGUGCUUUCAAUCUGGACACUCCCAGCACCCCACAGGCUUUCUUUGCAAUUUUACUCAACUGCUGCAGAAAUUAGACUUUUUGUUCCCCCCCUAAAAUUGUUACAGGAGUCCAAGCAGUUGUGGACAUUGUUAUAGUCUUUUUUUUGUUUUUUCAUUUUAUACAGUCUAUUUACUGACUGGCUGCUUACUGGUGAUGAUCUUAUCACGUUGGCAGCCAGUGGUGCAAUAAUCUAAUUAAUUUCUCCAUUAAUGCAAUAGAAAUGAUCAACAAUCUUAAUGUAAUUUUGCUAAUCUGUGUAAGAACAUUGCUGAAUAAGCUAAAGGCAUUCCAUUUUCCAAACAAACUGAUAUGCAAAGAUAAAAAAGAAGUCAGAUUUCAUUCAGUGUGUGCGCUGAUUGCAAAACCGCCAUCUUUUCUGUAAUUAGUUUAUUAACUCUAAAGUCACAUCUAGUCAAUCUUUUUCAUUGAUUAAUCUGAUAGUUACCUCAAUAACAUAUUAAAGAGAUUGCAUUACCUGCAGUAAAACUAUGAUAACCUAAUGGGAAAUAUGUUUACCAAGCAGAAGUUAAUAAGAUCCAUGUAAUGUAAUAAGCGAUUAGAUCUAAUAAAUAGAAUUUCAGUGCUGUUACGUAGAUCUUGCAAUGUCAGAGCCGAUCUUAUUUAACUUUCACUAUACAGAGAAUAUUUAGUAUUUUUUUGUGCGUGUGUCAUUUAGACCAAAUACACAUUCAGGUUCACAUUUACUUGCUGUUAGCGUGUUCAUAAAUGAAUCCAAGUGUGUUUUAACUUUGGACCCCAAGACAAUGUGAAAUAUCUUCAUUUCUUUUGAGGCAGCUUCUGACACAUAUUCUUCAUAUACGUAAAAUGUAUUACUCUCUGUAUUUUUGCUGUUUGUAAACCAAGAGACAGUAUUUUAGCUUUGAUAUCCAUGCCCAUUUUUCAAUAAAGUCAUAUGAGAUAAAAUGAA